AUGCCGCGCACCUCGCUCCCGACGCCGGCGUCCUCGACCGACCUGCCAGGCCAAGACGGCUCCAAGCAGCUCGCGAACCUCCAGAUGUCUUUCGAGCUGCCGCCUCCGGCCAUCAACGAGGCCGAGACGCCAAGGCCGAGCGCCAACGACUCGGACGUCUCCCCUUCCACGUCUUACAGGAGUAGUGCCAAGGCGCCUUACCCCCUCCAAGCCGCCGAGACCGUCAAGUCUCGCCGCAGGUCGUCCACGACGACACAGAGCGCCGCCGCCAAGGACUCGUUCGCCCUGCCGCCGCCCCCGACGCGCUCUCGCAAGAUCAUCCAGAUGAAGCCCCGGGCGGCACAGCAGCCUGAUGACCAAGACCAGCCCGACCACAGCGGCGCCAAGUCAGCCGCCGGCUCCAAGAACUCGACGAACUCGGCCGCCGCCGCAGCAGGGAACGGAGCAAACAAGAAGAAGCAGCCGUCGGCGACGAGCGCCGCGGGACGGAAGAUUGCGCGCAAGACGGCGCACAGCCUGAUCGAGAGGAGGAGGAGGUCGAAGAUGAACGAGGAGUUCGCCGUGCUGAAGGGCAUGAUCCCCGCCUGCACGGGCGAGAUGCACAAGCUGGCCAUCCUUCAGGUUCGUAGGGUCACACUCGCAAGGUUUUCUUUGCAGACCAAGCUUUUAGGAUUGCAUCACUCAGCUCAAGAGCCAGCACCAGCAGCAGGCCGCCACGCCGACCGAGAUGGGCAUGCCCGCGCCCUCGCCGUUCAUGCCCGAGCAGCACCAGCAGUUCCAGCCGGACCACUCGCCCGACGUCGAGAUGACCGGGUCGGUGCUCCCGUCGCCCUCGUCCACCCGGCAGACGUCGCGGUCGCACCAGCCCUCCGUCUCGCCCGCGCUCCUGGCCCAGGACUCGCGCCAGAGGCAAGACUCGUACUCGUCGGCGUCGUCGGACCACCGCCACUACAGCUUCAGCAUCUCGGCGACGACCUCGCCGGCGUUCGGCCCGCAGCCCAACUACUACGGGCCCCAGGGCCCUCCGUCGGCGGCCGGCUCGACACUGACGAGCCCUGCCCUGCUGCCCCAGCGCGACCUGGACCAGGAGGCGACGGCCGCGCUGUUGAUGCUGAACCACGACCGUCGUGGGAAAGCACCGCGGAUCCUGCCGUCGCCCAAGAAGAGUCUCAGCCCGAAGCCUCCGCAGCCGACCUCGCCCUCCCGCCGUACUACACCGGCCCCGCCCUCGACCCCGAGAAGAACCCGCUCGGCCUCCUCGUCUCCGGACCGUCAGCCCUCUCGUCCUCGGCCGCAGCCCGCAGCGCCGUCCUCGACGUCAACUUCCUCCAGUACAGCCCCCCGGCCGUAGAACCCCCGCCGUACUACCCGGGCCUCCACCAGCUCCUCCACCACAGGAAGCAGCAGUCCUCCGUCUCCAAGAAGGACCCGCCCUUCCCCGUCCCCUUCCCCGUCCGCAAGCGCUCCCGCCGCCACUCCAAGCCGCCCGUCUACGUGGACCAGCGCUCGCACUCGCGCGUCCAGUCCCUCUCCUACCUGAGCUUCCCGCCCCCCUCGUACGAGAUGGCCACCCAGGGGAACCCGACCAUGCCAAAGGUGACGACGCCGCCCUCCUCCACCCUGCCCGCCGGGCCCCGGCCCGUCGUCGGCGCCGGGCCGCAGUCCAAAGACGACAUCCUUGCUGACCUGCGCCGGCAGCUCGACGACUCGGUCUCGGACCUCGGGUCGAGCAGCAUCGACUCCCGCACCGGCCGCCGCCGCAACCGCCGCCGCGGCAACAGCAAGGCCCUCGCCGCCACCGCCGGCAACGCCGCCGGCGGCCUGACCCAGCCGGCCAUCCUGCCGCGCCUCGCCGAGACCAAGCCCGUCCGCCUGCAGCUGGGGCUCAACCUCGACGUCGAGCUCGAGCUCAAGGCCCGCCUGCAGGGCGACGUGUCGCUCACGCUGCUUAUCGAGAAGAAGCCCUCGGCGCGGCCCUCGGAGGAGCUCAAGCCCAGCCUGACGGGCGUCGUGCAGGCCGCGGAGCUGUUCUACAUGCGCAUCGGGGCGCUGCGCCUGCGCCAGCGGUGGAUCGAGCGCGAGGUCAGCGCCUCGCUGACGGCGGCCGUGGGGCUCGGCAUCGCGGCCGGCGGGUUCCUGGCGGGCUUCCUGGUCGCGCUGGUCUGGUGCGGCGCCGGCGUGGGCGUGGUCGGCAGUGGUGGUGUCGGCAGUCGGGUGAUUGUGCUGUCAUGA